AUGGCCUCUCGGCACAAGGGCGAGGAGAAGGCCAGCCGACAACGAGCCAUCAAACGAAGAGACAGCGGGCCCAAAAAUAGUCUAGAUACGGCACCAAUCAACGGGGCGGGAGGGGGGCGGGAGGAAACGGCGCGGGAAGAAAGCAAGCGAGAAGAGACCGACCGCGUGACGUGACAUGUUGCGGUUGAAUUUCAGCGACUAGUUUUUCUGUUGCCCUCUCCCCCGUUUGCUGUCGCGUUCAGACUGUCUCUACGGAUAUCCCUGUCUCUGUGCGAGUUUGUUUAUGUCCUCGUCUGUCUUUGGUUUAUUUGGUUGUAUGUUGUUUUGUUUUUUUACUGGCACGUACUGCUGACCCUUGAGGUCCUUCCGGAAGGCUACCCCCCAGGCUGGUGGUGCGCACGUUCCACUAUAUAUUUACUCAGUAUUUAUUUGUUUCUGAUUAUUUUGUUUUCUUGUAUUUUAUC